AAAAAAACCCUAAAUUAAAAUCCCUCACCUGCACGACUGAACCGACCUCCCCCGUUCUUCCCUUCCCUUCAUUCAGCCACAGUCGAAGAAGAAAAUGAAGAGGGUUUCGCAUCCGAAGUGCUCUUGUGCACAACCUGUAGUGAUCAAAACCUCGUGGACAGAUGCAAACCCAGGAAGGAGAUUCGGGAUGUGUCGACGUUAUAGGCUGGUUGGUGGUUGUUAUUUUUGGGAGUGGAUCGACCCACCAAUGUGUGAAAGGGCAUCGGAGGUGGUUCCUGGGCUGCUGCGUAAAAUUAGAAGGCUUGAGGGAGAAAUUUCAGACAUUUCAACAUCAAAUGUUGAUGCAUAUAAUUAUCUGAACAGUGUGGAAAAUAACUGUGAGCAAUCUUCAAUACUGAAGGCCUUGAACAAGGGGGUUCAGGUUGAUGAGCACUCAUUGGUUAACAGUAUGGGAAAGACUGCUUGCAUGGAGAGUUUCAAUGGAAGUAGCAGUACAAGUGUUGAAGACCCAAAAGAGAAGAUUUGCACCAGUGGAAUCUUAGUCAUAAGUGUUGUUGUUGCCAUUGUUCUGUUUUGGUUAAUGUUCUGAAUGUUGUUUAAUGUAUGGAAAUAUUGUUAGGCAAAACCACCUUAACUUUUAUAUUUGUAACAGUUAACCCCAAAAUGUAAUGUUUUUAAGGAUAAUGUUGGAAUGUUAU